UUGCAGCCCAUGGUCGCGUUGAUUCCAUAGCAAAGAUUUGUUCCUACACGCAACUGCUGCAUUCGCAAAUAAACAGUAAAUAGAAAAAAGCCUUCAUGCACGUGUCUGCUCCUAACACUCUGUACGAUUUUUAUUCAUUUAUUUAUUUAUUUAUUUUAUUUCAGGGUUCUGUUGACUUGUACUGAUUUAUUAUCUCUCAAAAGGGAGCAUCAUCUUUGCUAGAUAUGUUUUUGUACCUCGAGUCAGCUACACACCUCGAUGUGUCCUCGAACUCAGGCAUGGGAUUCGGGAUUCUCAGGUUGGCUGUCACUGUCACACCUCCUUCGACAGGUAAGAUUUGAAUAUUUUUUCACACUGCACAUGAAAUCAUACUGCCCAAUGAGUUGUGAAAUAAAUAUUUCAGCUAGGCCUAUAAUAUUGUAGAGAUGAUUAUUUUAAUCAAGUAAAGAAUGCUGUACAUGUAAAUGGAUUUGGAGGGUCACUUUGUGAUUCACAGUAUUCAUUAACAAAAACUAAACAUUUUAAGCCAUGUAAAUAUGGUAUCAAACAAUUGAUAUCUUUGAUGCAUUUUAAGGUGGUACAGCUUAAAAAAAUCUUAUAUUCUUUAAAUUACUGCACACUGUCUUGGCAAUGACAUUUUAUCUUAAAAGUAAACUAAUUCGACUAAAAAUGCAAACAGCUUCCUUCAUUUUUAAGUUCUAUAACAUGCCUCAUGCAUCAUUAAGUGUGAACCGAUACCUCACAGUGGUAUUCAGAUUGAAUUGGAAGCAAUGAAUUACCAUGCAUCAAAGAUGAAAAUGUCCGCACUGCUGAAUAAAGCCACAUUCACACUUUGAUUUUAAUGGACAUCAUUAUAGUCCUCGUAAAACUCCUGACAAUAUGUGUUCAUUUAGCAACAGCUCUAGAUGAAAGACGGCAUCACCUCAUGGUGAUGAGGACUUCAAUGGUAAAAACCAAAGGCAUGCUCUCAGGCGGUAUUAUAUGAGAUCAAUCAAAAUCUCCCAAGAAAGGGAGAGAAGAAAAAAAUCUGGACAUUUUUGAAGUGGUGGACUAAAGGAUGAAACUCCGGAAUGGCCUGCAGAUCUUUGGGAACCUCCCGUCAGAAUUGUUUUCCAGUUUUGACGUUUCUGCUUCUGUAGACAGGAGUGGAUGCCUGUGGAGGCUGGAUGCUUGCAACAUGCCUAUGGUGGACUACGCCGCACAGGCCUUGUCAAAAGCCCUUCUCACCAGCAGGCUGACAGUGCUACACCUUGAAAACACUUGCCUGAGCGCAAACCUCUCUUCACACUUGGAGCUUUACCUCUCUGAAAACAACCUCAACACCUACCAGGACUCCCUUCAACUUGGCGACCUCCUCAAAUACAACAGCACUCUUAAAACCUUGGACCUGGGCAACAAUACCAUGUCUGACUCAGGUUUUGAGGAGAUUUGUGAUGCUUUGAGCUUUCAGAAGACUGGUUUGAGAACGCUGAUACUGAGUAACAAUCACAUCACUCAUCUUGGCAUGAGCCAUUUACAGAAUGUUCUGCCCCGCUUUAAAACGCUCGAAACGUUGAACCUUGGGAAAAACAACCUCGAGAACAGAGGCAUUCACACGUUAAAGGAGUCCCUCAUGAUCAAUCGCUCUUUAUUGCAACUUGGCCUAGCUUCCACAGGAAUAUCAUGCGAGGGUGCUGUGACUUUGGCAGAGAUCCUUGCAGAGAGUCCACAUAUCCAGCGUUUGGAUGUACGGCAGAACCAGGUGCUUGUUGGGGGCCUCAUGGCUCUGUCGUUGGCCCUAAAGAUCAACCGUUCACUCAUCAGACUGGAUCUAGACCAACAUCUGAAAGAGGAAAAGGAGGACUUCCUGGUCGAAACGCAGAAGACGCUGCUGAGCAGGAUCUCCAAUCUGUGCACGGCGAACGCGACGGCCGCCAAGGGAUUGGCCCCCCUGGUGUCUGCCUCCCUCCUCCUCUCGGCACGGGGCAGGGGCAGAUUGACAGAACAGCAUGGGGGCAAGCGCCGCUGUGCCAACAGCCCCCCCACGCUCUACCUGAUGUUUUUAACAAAGGCUUCCAUCUCACCAACUCCGCUGCCACACAUCGCCCAGCCAGCUUCAACCCACCCCGACUCUGGAACAAACAGACUUUGA